AGUCUCGGCCUUAACGGGUCAGCAGCGGUCAGGACCGGAGCGGAACAACGUUCAUCUGGUCACUGAUACUAUUAGACCGCCGUUCAACGGGGCUUUAACACCAAAGGCUGAGUCAACGUCCUAUAACAGAGGGCCCAGCUGCAGUGGACAUGAGGGCGGCCAGCCUUAUCCUCCUCUCCUCUCUAGCGCUGUGCAGCCUGAGCGGGAUCCAGUGCCAGAACAUACCGGCUGAGGAGGAGCCUGGAGAGCGCCCGAACGUGGAGGAGGUCCUGCAGCGCGCGCACAGUCUACUCAUGCGCUCCAUCCUCAAGAAAAUGGAAGAAGAGGAGAACGCAGACGAGAUGAUGGCACCUCAGCCAGAAUGGCUGGAGAAAAGGCAGCAUCCGGGCAAGCGCCAGCACCCAGGCAAGCGCGAGGAAGAGGAUGAAGAGGACGACGGGGACGACGAAGAUUACCCCGAGCUCCAGAAGAGGCAGCAUCCCGGCAAGCGCGAGGACGAGGCGGACUUGAUCGAGCUGCAGAGAAGGCAGCAUCCGGGCAAGCGCUGGAUGCUGGAGCAGAUGCAGGAGACCCCCGGCGCCCCCAGUGUCUUUUUGAGCGAGCUGGCCAAGCGCCAGCACCCGGGCAAGCGGCUCAUGAUGUACAGCAAGCGGCAGCAUCCCGGCCGGCGCGAGGCGGACGCGGGCGACCCGGGCGCUGGAGAGUUGUUGGAGAUGGACAAGCGGCAGCAUCCGGGCAAGCGCUUCUGGGACGCGUCCGCGGCUUCGGACGCGGCCGCCGGCGGGCCGUGCGACCUCCUGGCUUCCCCCAGCUGCAGCAGAGCCAGCCUGCUGCUCGAGCUGCUCGACAAUGUGAGCAAAAGCCGCGCGGAGGAGAAGAGGCAACAUCCAGGAAAGAGGCUGGCCGUGGAGGAAGAUCUACCAGAGCUGGAGUAGAGAAUUAGGUGGUGAGAAUUCUAAGCGUAAAGAUAAACAACCCAACAACGUUUUUAUUUUUAGGUCCAUAUUAUCCUGAGCCACAUGAGAUAUGCCGUAGUUUGGAGAAGCGCCCGUUCUUCUGCUGCAUUAGGAUAGAUGCCUAGAUUAUAAUUUGGAUUAACACGCAUAAGAAUGUGUUUGAAUUAUGUACAACAAAUCAGCGGACCUGUUUGGUUGGCUAGAUUUAAGUCGCAGAGUGUUUGGUUACUUGGAACAGUACGUGCGUAAUUACGCACGUAGCGCUUUUACGCAUGUGUGUCCCUGUUGCGCUCUCACACUGCAGCUCAUUCUCUGCUCAUAACAGCUACAAGUUUACAGUACUGGUUUAGCGAAACGUCUCUUUAGUUACUGCGUCUUAUCUUCACGAGAUGUGGUUGCAGUUCUCAGAUCUGCGCAGCUCUUACUAAACUAAACUGAACUUAACUGAACUAAACUAGGCUUAUGUCUCAUGUGCUCAGCACACAGAAUGCACCGGUUUCUGCUUUCCACAGUCAAGCUCUUUGUGUUAGUUCUGUACAAUUCGAGUGGAUAUUCCUUGCAAAACGGGUCGCGCGAAUUAUUUUUCUACAGUAUGUACGUGCAUGAGUUGGAGAACUUGUCGAUCUGUAAAUUAUUUCUGUUUCUAUGCUAUACAGCAUAAAUGUAAAUUACAAUUAUGUAUAAUAAAAUGCUUUCGAUGAGAA